AUGGUGUACAUCCUCCCAGACACCACGGGGGAGGAGGCCACGGCGACGGAGGACAAGAGCAACAUCAUGUCCGCACUGAGCAUGCGGGGCGUGUUCCCGCACACUCCCUACCGGCUCAUGCUGCUCGACGGCAACUCGCGGACGCAGGCGCUCGACGCUGGAGUGCGCGCCUACAGGUGCUUCUCGGUGGACGAGUUCCGCGGCGCCAUGCUCUGGGAGAGCUGCCGCUGCCCCGGCUGGUCCGCGAUCCUGAGCAACCUCCUGACCAACGUCGCCGCGCAGGAGCUUAAGUUCUCCAGGUCGUGCUGGUGGGGCCUGUACGCCCGAGGGCUCGACCUCGAGAUCUACGGGUUCCUCGCGAGGCAGACCUUCCACGGUCUCUCCAUCAUCGAGUUCGCGUGCAUCAGGAACGGCAUCUGCAUCGUGACCGCCGUUGGGGAGCGGGGGGAGGUCCUGAUGCUUCCCUGCACGGGAAAGGUUCAGGGGAACAUGGUCCUGUUCGCGAUCUGCUCCAACAGGUUAGACCUGCACGACCUACAGGAGGACUCCGACCGGAACUGGAUGGACGUCUUGAGGGUAGCUCAGGAGCUCCAUCACGUCGACGUGCUUGCCGCGAGGGAGCGCUCGUACAUCAAGCAUUCUCUGUCCGACGGGAAAACUGCGAGGGAGGACCCGCCACACAAAACUAUAAACGGGCACCCUCCAGCGCAUUGUUUCUGGGCCUCGUGGGGUAGGAUGGCGGUGUGCAAGUCACCGCCAAGGACCAGCAGUGUUGUGCGUACACCGCCACCCUUCCUUGAGGGCACAGGGAAGACUAGUCAGCGGGUGCUCGUGUAUAUCUUUCGCGGCGUAGAGGAGAUCGGCCAGUCCGAGUUUGUUCGUGGUUUUUCGAAGGUGCCACAGACUGCCCUGAACAAGCUGACGGCCAAUGUCGUGACCAUACGGGAGGCCGCGGACACGACGCCUUUCGUGCUAGUGGUCAGCCUGGCGAUCAGCUGGCGCCGUCGCAGUUGGCGGCACUUCGGCAAGUUCUUCCAGAAGCUCCGCCAGGAUUUCCCGAAAGGCAGCCUGCCAGUGGUGAUCCUCUGCCGCAGCUUGCCAGACGACGACCUUUUCUUCGACGCGCUCGGCCUGUCCCAGGACUCGGCGGACAGCAUCGGGAUCUGCGUCGGGGAGCCGACCACGGCGAAGGACCUGGCGCGCAGCGGCGCGCAGGAGUGCGCGGCCAUUGUGGUCUCCAGCACGAGCGUGCUGGAAGACCUGACCCAGAAGAAGGCCCACGAGAUGCGGGACGCCGACGCGGUGCUCUUCUACCGCGUCCUGCAGGGGAUGGGCCAGAGCCACAA